ACUUUCGGUUAUAUGGAACGUCUGCUUAACUUCAACAUAUCCGACGACGAGUUCCUUCCCCUCCUUGAACAAACGGUUUCUUUACUGUAUAGUUCAGUCGAUUCGUCACAGAGAAACGCAGCUCAAAGCACGUUAACCCAACUCAAAGAACAUCCCGACUCUUGGAUUCGUGUUGAUAAAAUACUUGACCGCUCUAACGACCCCAACGUCAAGUUUUUUGCCCUUCAAAUCCUGGAGAACCUAAUCAAGUACCGUUGGAAGACGCUUCCACGUGGGACUUGCGAAGCUAUUAGGAAUUAUAUUGUUAACAAAGUCAUCGAACUUUCCAGUUCUGACGAAUAUCUUUCAAGAGAGAAGGUUUAUAUUGGCAAGUUGGACCUUAUUCUUGUUCAAGUUGUGAAACAGGAGUGGCCAGCAAAUUGGCGCAGCUUUGUGAGUGACAUUGUUGGAGCGUCUAAGAGUAGCAUGUCUCUUUGCGAGAACAAUUUAUAUAUUCUUCAGUUACUAUCGGAAGAAGUUUUUGAUUUUUCACGGGGUGAGAUGACUCAGAACAAAGUCCUAGAGUUGAAGAAUCAGUUCAAUGCAGAAUUUUUGAGUGUUUAUCAACUUUGUCAGUUGGUAUUUGACCAAGCCGCAGAACUCCAAAGAAGUCGUCCGUCUUUGAUCAGUACUGCUUUGAAGACAUUUGAACGUUUUCUAAGUUGGAUUCCUCUUGGUUAUGUGUUUGAGACUCAAGUCAUUGAAAGUCUUUUGUCAUUUUUUGGACAAAGUCGUUUUCGUAAUGAAGCUUUGAGAUGUCUCGUUGAGGUGGCCACAAUUCAAGUGGAAGCUUAUCAUGACAAGCUGCGUUUCUUAUUUGUAACAUUCAUGGAGGAACUCUGUCGUAUUAUUCCACCUGAGACGGACAUUGCUUCAUUAGUGGAUAAAAGUGGCGAAAUUUCUAUGGAGUUUAUUUCUAAUCUUGCUUUAUUCUUUUCGGAAUUUUUCAAGUCGCAUGUACGCCUAUUGGAAGAUAAUGGUUCGAAUGGUCUUGCUCUUCUGCUCGGCAUGGAAUACUUGGUAAAGAUUAGUAUGGUUCCUGACACGGAAGUGUUCAAGAUUUGUUUGGAAUGGUGGAGAAAACUGGCUUCUGAGAUUUAUAACGCACAAUAUCCGAUUGAGAAAGGGACCAGUUCUAUAGUCUUACUUUUUAAUAAUAGACAAGUAGCGAAUGAGCGACUACAAUUUUAUGCUCCUAUUUUUUCAUCCAUUAGAAGAGUCAUGAUAAGUCGUAUGGCCAAACCUGAAGAAGUGUUGAUUGUAGAAGAUGAGAAUGGAGAGAUCGUGAGAGAAACUACGAAAGAUACUGACACGAUAGCCUUGUAUAUAGCGAUGAAGGAAACCAUUUGGUGUCUUUGUUUAUUUGAUCCUGUCGAUACGAUGAAUAUUAUGUUGGAAAAGUUGUCUUUACAAUUGAGUGGAACAGAAUGGAGUUGGCACAAUAUCAAUACUUUAUGUUGGGCUAUAGGCUCAAUUUCCGAUGCACUUUCCGAGCAAGAAGAAAGAAAGUUUCUAGUAACUGUUAUCAAAGACUUGUUACAUCUUUGUGAGAUGAAAAGAGGAAAAGAUAACAAAGCAGUAGUUGCCUCUAAUAUUAUGUAUGUAGUGGGUCAAUAUCCUCGGUUUCUGCAAGCACAUUGGAAGUUUUUAAAGACCGUUGUCAACAAAUUAUUUGAAUUUAUGCAUGAAACUCAUCCUGGUGUACAAGAUAUGGCUUGUGAUACUUUUCGAAAGAUUGUUCAGGAUUGUCAUUAUCAAUUUGUUGUCACUCAGUAUGGAGAAACCAAACCUUUUAUUAUGGAAAUUAUAGAAAAUCUGCAAGACAUUAUAUCUGAUUUGGAGCCUCAUCAAGUACAAGCAUUGUAUCCAGCACUUUCUCGUAUCGUUGCUGCAUUUCCAAAUGCCGAAAUGAAGAAUCAGUUGGUACUUGAGUUGUUUCAUUUACCCAAUACGAGUUGGGAAAGUAUUUUAUAUCAAGCGUCACGUGAACAACAAAUAUUACAACAACGUGAUGUAAUGAAAAGAUUGGUAUCCAUUUUAAGAACCAACUCUGGUGCAGCUACUCAUCUGGGUAGUCUUUAUAUGAUUCAACUGCGUCGUAUCUUUUCUGAAUUGAUGAGUUGUUAUUCAGUCUAUUCAGAAAUGAUCAUCCAAGCAAUUGGCAACUUGGGAGUAUUUGCUACUAAAACUGCCGAUGUUCGGUUGAUGCGUUCCGUGAAAAAGGAAUUAUUGAAAUUAUUAGAAAGCUUUUUCGAUGUUGUAGAUAAAAGUGAACGAAAGACUGUGGAAACGGAAUUUAUUCAACCUUUAUUGGAACCUAUUCUAAGUGAUUAUUUUAGAAACAUUCCUGAAGCCAGGGAACCAGAAACUUUAUCCUUAUUUGCUGUUAUAACGACUUAUAUGGGUGAAAUGAUUCCAGUUACUAUGGUUCGAUAUAUCUUCAAGUCACUCUUCAAUGUCACAUUGGAAAUGAUCAAGAACAAUUUUGAAGACUUUCCCGACUCUCGAUACAAUCUAUUUCGACUACUGAGAGCCAUCAAUCAAUAUUCAUUUGCCUCCUUGUUUCAAUUGGAUGAGGAUCCAUCUCUUGCAGAAUCAGAAUUCCGUUUGGUUAUCAAUGCUAUUCUUUGGGCAGUGAAACAUACGGAAAGGAAUAUUGCGGAAACUGGCUUACAAACUUUAUUGGAGUUGUUGAAGAACGUAGAUUCAUCUAGUUACGAAGGAUAUUUCUAUCGAACUUAUUUCCAGUUGAUUCUUAAUGAUAUUUUGGUGGUACUUACGGAUACUUUACAUCGUCCAGGCUUCAAAUAUCAUGUUCAAAUCUUAUUGCGUCUAUUUACAGUCGUCAAUGGAUAUUUAAAGGAGCCUAUUUGGACGGAAGAAGAAGCAACUCAAGCUAGUCGAUCAGGAGUUGUUUUACAGAACAAUUAUGAUUAUGUGAACUGGUACUUGAGAGUGCUGUUGAUGUCUGCUUUUCCCAAUAUGAGUAGAUCACAGAUUGAAAAUGUGAUUCAAGGAAUGUUGCAAGCUCAAGAUGAAAAAAUAUUGAAGAAUCAUUUACGAGACUUUUUAAUACAGACCAAAGAAUUUAGUAGUGGUGAUAAUUCAGAGCUUUAUGAUGAAGCCAAUCAUCAUUCUACUUCAGCAUCAGAACAAGAACGAUUACAGUCUUCUAUUGUACCAACUUCUUCUUUACAACAAGCAUCCAACAAUUCUUCCUCCUCAAAUAUGGUUCAAGCAGCUGGUUUUGGAAUCAACUCUAAUGAAUAAAGAACACUUGAAGCUUUUUUAUGACAUAUACAAGUAUAGGAUCCAUAAAGGAAUUUGAACACAA